AUGCCCGGGCGAAGCAACUCAACCCACGUCAACGGUGCGAUCGACGACGACAAGACGACCUCAGCCAUGGCCAAUCCCUACGAAACAGACCCGGACGUGAUUCCCUCCGAUGACCCCUUCCUCGCGCAAAGCAUCCACUACGGUCGAUACACCCCGAAGCCUCAUGACUUCGUGCCCACGCCACAGCAUAAACAUUGGCAUCAGUCUGAACCAGAAUCGAAGGCCUUUUGGGAGGAGUUCACGCGCGAACACUGUAUACCCGAUAACUCACUGAACCUUCCAGGCUCAAGGGAAGCUUUUGCUGUCGGGGGUGUGAUCGUCCGUGUCGACACCGAUACGACCCAUGGCGCAGCCUCGGAACGGUUUUCCUGCGUAAAUGCGAACGAAAUAUCUGCCGCGCGCAAAGUGGAGGAUGCUCUAAAGGAUAUUGGUAUUGCGGUGCCGAUAAUAUAUUUCUGUGGGACAGUUGAAGGCAAAAAUGUGACGGUCGAAUCUCGCAUUCCUGGUACUUCAUUGGACGUGGCAUGGCGAUACUUCAAUACAGAUCAGAUCAUGGUUUUGAAAAAUCAAUGUCGCCAGAUUAUACACCACUUGGCGACGAUUGACUCUGCCUCCGAAGAGCCCUCUUACGUCUGCCGCGGACUGAAUUCCCAAUCAAUGCCGUCUACGUCGGAUCAAGAGCGCACCAUCCUCUUCGCGCCGCGGAGCUCGGACGAGGUCCUCAACCUGACGCAUAAUGAUCUCACACCGGCAAAUCUGAUCGUGAAAGAUGAUCGGAUUGUCGGGAUCUCUGGAUGGCGAAACUGCGGAUACUUUGGUCUUGAGCGGGCUAAAAAAGUACACCAGAGUUUGAGGGAGUGGAAAUGCUAUGGCAGUGAUGAGAAUAGAGGCGCGUCGUGGAUUGAUAUCUACGACAAUGGCUAUGAUCCAAGCAUUUGUGGUCCGCUGGUAUCCACCGAAGACGAUCAUUCUCCAGUGGUGAAAGCCGAGCCCUCCGGGACGACUAUAGAGAAAUAUCCCCCAAGGGAAGAUCUGAAUUUCAAGUCCAUGGGAUACGAUGGGACGGGUGAUUACUUGUCAUCGAAGAAGCUCGCAAGCCUCAAGAAUGGAGGAGGCAUAUCCCGCGCCUCUUCCGCUGAUAGGUCUUCCCCUGCGGCCUCAGUCAAGGCGCCUUCCAAUAAAAAAGGAUCAUCAGCGGCUACGAAAAAGGGCACUGCAAAGAAACCGGUCUCUAGAAAGCGCAAAGCAAAUGACGCUGACACCGAAAGUAUUGAUGGGCGCCGUUCCAAUACGCCAGCCUCUCGAGCCGGAAAGGCUUCUGGAAAGAAGCAGAGCUCCGUGUCUAUUGCGGGGUCCCCAGCGCCAGAAGAUAAAAAGAGGCGCAGCAGAAUGCAACCGCGUGAUGACGAUGAGGACGAGGAUGUCGAAGACGAGAAUGAACUUUUCUGUAUCUGUCGUCGACCUGAUAAUCAUACAUGGAUGAUUGGCUGUGAUGGUGAAUGCGAAGACUGGUUUCACGGGAAAUGCGUCAAUAUCGAUCCUCGAGAUGCCGAAUUGAUCGAUAAGUAUAUCUGUGAGUCUCCCAACAUCUUUGAAGCUUGCUUUAGCUUCCUGGUCUAA